GCUCUGUUUAAAUAGUCCUUGAUGUCAACUUUUCUUCUUCACUCACAGCUCCCUCUAACGCCAUGUUGGCUGUUAUGACUUGACUUGUUGUUUUCAUCUUGCCUUACUACGGACUUGACAGGAGUGGCUUUCUCAAACCCCCCUGCGCCUCUUGGAGACGCUUUUUAUUCCACUUUUGCGCGUUACGCUUUUUGGAUGAUACGCGCGGACUAUGCACGCAUCGCUCCUGUGACUUUGCAUUUGAAAGGAAUAUUACUUGGAAAUCGAAGUUUUAAAGGGCUCGGUUGUUUUUGGGAGUGUUUUGGUUGUCAUAUGUGCAACAAAAUGUCAGAUGUGCGCCUGUCUAAUGCGAGCCCGACGGUGGAGAGGGUGGAUGCGCGGCAGCAGGACAACGUCAGACCUCCGACCCGCAGAAACCUUUUUGGCAUACCUGACCGAAACGAGACACGGAGGCUUUUUGAAGCUUCAAUACAGAAUAAUGUGCAGGAUUUUAUGGACGACUAUGAUUUCGAUCCCGUCAAUGAGAGGCCGCUAAGUCCGCGCAGAUACGAGUGGCAGGAGGAAAACGACGCACCGGAGUUUUUCCGCAGACCGCCUCACAGGAGACAGCAGCCCCAGUCAGAGGUGGAGUGUCCCGGCGGUAACACCCGACAGGAUGCCGAGGAGAGGGAUGGAAGGCAGUUAGAUCGCCAGUCAGACAGAAACGGUUCGAGGAAGAGACGUUCAGGAUCUUCAGGUCCCUGCAGCGGCGAGAGUCAGAGGAAAAGGUCGCAUUCCGACGAAGGAGAAGAUGAUGAUGACCAGGCGGGCGGUGCUGCAUGUCAGGCGGUGGAAGCCGAGGAGGAGAGACCGAGCAGGCUGGAGGACGGCACCAGUGAAAAGUAGUGCAAGAGCGAGGAGACCUGUUGCUGGUGGAAUACUGUAGCGUUUCUCUUCGUCUGACAGAUGGGAGAGAAAAUAUAAAAGCAGUCUUUUCCUAAAGAAGGGAGGAGGAGAGGCUGCACAAGCACUGAAUAUGUACACUAUCAAGUUUUGGCACUCAUUUCAGUUAAAUUGCCUCAGAAGCAGCAGACAAUGUAGCAGUGUGCAAAUGGAUUUUUGCUCAUUUUUGUAUCUACUACCUAUGUUUCAGAUGUAGCACAUAAAAAGAAGCAUAUUAUGCUUUUCAUACCUUUUGUUAAAUGUCUUUGAAUAAGUGUGUGAAUUUGACUCGGGAAGUUGCAGUGCAAUUUCCAGAAGAGAAAUAUUAUUUUGUUUAAGUGGUCAUGUUGUAUUAUUCAGGUAAUUGAUGUAAGUUAAAAAUGCAGAUUUCAAAAGUCAGGGUUAUGUGGAAACAAUUUUUUUUGUCUUUCUUUUCCUAUGGCUUUAUUUGUCCCGGUGUUUUUUUUUUUUUUACUUUCUUUUUUUUUGAAGGCCCAGAUGCCCACACUGUAAGUUGAGGGACCAUCUAACUGGGAACAGCCAUGACAGAUACAGUUUACAUGUAAAUGAUAUCUCCUUAUGUCCCCAUUUUUCUUCUUCUCAUUUUUUUUUCUUUUGCCAAAGUUUGUGCCUUUUUGUUCUGGGUGAGGGGGGGGAGGGGAGGGUAGCUUAACUGCUGAGCAAUAUCCAACCAAAUUUUAACAGUAUUUGCUAAUAAUCCUAAGAGUUAGCUUUUAUUUUUAAAUUAGGUGAGCUGAUAUUUUGGUGACUUUUUUUUUCAGUCACACAUCCCGCCCCUCUUGUGAUGAAUGGUGUAGUCCAGGUUAGCAUAGAGAAAAUAUGAUAAAACCACUGGGCUACUUAUGCAAAUAUGUGAAUCAAAGAUGAGUCUUUGUGGUGUGGAAUUCAUGUGGAACAUGUAAUUGCACUAUUGUUAAUUUCUCAUAUUUUGGGCAGAAAACAAAGUGACACUGCCUCAUUUGGUGUAAAACUUUGAAGAGUACCUGUGUGCCUUUUUUUUUCUUUGAAAACACUGAAAAAUUAUACUAACUUAUUUAUGUUUUUGCUUUUUGUUGUGGGUGUAUGUAUAGCUUCCCAAAGUGACAUUUUGUAAAUAUAUAUUUUCAUUAUUAUUCUUGAGAUAAAUAAACUGUUGCAAAACUGAGCCCAAUAAUGGAUUUUAUAAAUUGUGUUUUUUUAAUUUUCUUUUCUUCAGGCUGCAGUCUGAUUUAUUAAAAAAGCAAUGCUGGUGUA